AUGAAUUGGACUUGGAUGACCAGGAGGAUGCUGUUGCUAGAUGUUCCGUGCAGUGCUGCUGCUGCUGCUGCAUGCAGACAUAUCUCGAUGGCUGCAUCACUAUGCUCACGUUAUGAUCCGAAAGUAUUCCGCGAACCGAUCGUCGAUCUUGAGCAGUUAAAUCAACCGCUAGAUCCGGAUGAUGAUCGCAAAUAUUGCUAUAUAAAAGCGAUGACCAGUACUCAGUCGCCAGUCUUCUACCGCAAUGCCCUUAUCAAUAGGAUUAUCAAUGUUUGUAUGUUACGCGGAAUGAAAGAGAAAAUGCGAGAUAUUGUUCUUGAAGCCCUCGAAAUAAUGAAGAGGCGGCAGUACAAGCUGUGGCGCAGUGCAAGCGAUGAGGAGAAAAGCGGUAUCGAACUCGAUCCUGUUGUGAUCACCCAGAAAGCAAUCAAAAAUUGCUGCCCAAUAAUGAUUUUACGCCCAUUCGUUCGUGCAAUAAAAACAAUGCGUGAUAUUUGCCGGAAAAAAACCUUCCACGGAGCAACACAUUUCCAGCAUAUUUUAGCCGAGGAACUGUUGGCCGCCUACAGAAAUGAAGGCCUAACUGUACAGGCCAAGCAGGAGCUGCAUAAGCAGUGCGAAGCGAACAGAGCUUAUGUUCAUUACAGGAGGCAGUAG